AUGGAUGGCAGUGGAGUGAAGGAACACAAACGUGGCCGAAUAUUAGUAACAGAUGUCCGGCAGCAGCGCGGACCCGCCCUCCUGCACUCAGCGCGGGGCUCCCGGGUGCCUCCUGUCCCCGGCGGCUGGCUCAGCCCUCCCUCCGCGGCAGGAGGAAGCCUGCGCCUAUCCCCGCGGCAGCCAGCCGGCCCGGCGGGGGAUGGAGCCCGGCAGGUCGGUGCCGGCGGAGCUGAAGCUCCGCAAGCUCUCGCAGCGGGCCAGGAUCCCGGCGCCCUUCUUCGCCCACCCGGUAGGUCGCUGGCUCCGCCCGCGGCCCCCGGCCCGUCCCCACCGAGCUGCCGCCCCCCCCACAAUCCUCCCGUGACUCUGCCCGCGCAGAAUGGGGCGGCCGAGCCGGCGGAACCCCCGGGGCCGGAUUCCGCGGAGGCAGAAGCGGACUCCCUGGUACCCACACACGACGAGCGGGGCCGCCCCAUCCACGAGUGGAAGCGGCAGGUGAUGGUGCGGCGGCUGCGGGCCCGGCUGGCGGACCAGGAGGAGGCGGCCCGGCGGGCGCCCGCUGACGGCCCGUCUCCGCAGGACGAGGGCUCCUGGCGCUUCUCGCCCUCCCGCCAGGCCAUGUUGGGCCCCUUCGGGGAGCUGCUGACCGAGGGAGACCUGCAGCAGCUGGAGCGGGCGGUUGAGAGCCUGCGGCUGCGGCGGCGGGGCGAGGCGUACCAGAGCGAGCUGCGGCGGCUGGCGCGGGAGCUGCGCGCCCUCCUGCCCGCCCCGCUGCUCAGCAUCACCGUGCGCAGCCCCCCGCCCGCUCCCGGGCAGCCGCUGCCCCUCUGGUGUGGCCGCUUGGCGGGCGCCGUGAGCAGCCUGGCCGCGAUGCUGGCACACGCCGAGGGGGCGCGGGUCGCCUCUCUCGCCGCCGCCGCCGCUCCCCCCCCCGCCGCCGCCGCCGCCGUCGGGCAGCCCCGGGAGACAGCGGGCAGCCUGGCGCAGCGAGAGAUCCGGCAGUAUGGGGUCUGCGUCCGCAGCCUCCGCGGGGCCUUCGAGCCCGCUUGUGGGGCGGCGGAGGAGAAGGCGGCCGGAGGGAAAGGUACGGAGGCCGCCAGCGACUCGGGCAUCAGCUGCGAGGAGGGGUUCUCCGACGGCGGCGGCGGCUCCCCGGGGGCGGGGCCGGAGUGGGGCAGCCUGAGGAAGGAACGGAUCGUCAUGCUCUUCCUGAGCCACUGGAAACGGUCCUCUGCCUACGGGCCGUCCCUGCCGGCCGCCGGGGACCCCCGGGAGGCAGCGGCGACUGGGGAGUGGGGGACAGCCCGCCUGGCGCGGCAGAGGGAGGCCAUCCAGCGGCUUCUGGGCGGCUGGCGGGACGCCGCCUCCCGCCGCCCCCCGCCGCCGCCGCCCCCUACCAGCGCCCUGCUCUCUCCGGAGCAGUUCGUGGUGUUGGCCGGGGGGAAGGCGGCGGACUACGACAGCCUGUCUCUGGAGCUCUUCAUGCUGGGCUAUUUCCGCAUCUUGGAGCAGGAACUGUCCCCCGAGGAGCGCCGCGGCCGCCACCUCCUCUGCUUCGAGGUGUUCGAGCAGCUGGGCCGGCAUGGCUGGCAUGCGGUGCGUGCUUUCCACCGCGCUGUCACCGACGAAAUCGCCGCCGGCCGGCGGGGCUGGCAGGACGGCUUCGAGGACAUAAAGGACAAGUAUUUCGGAUCUCCCCAGAGCUCAGCCUGGCGGCUGGGGGAGGCCGGAGGAGAAGGAGAGGAGAUCUGCCGCUACAUCGACCGCAGCUUUGCCUUCUGGAAGGAGAAGGAAGCCGAGAUCUUCAGCUUAGAGGAGUGACGCCCACCCGCUGGCGGGGAGGGCUGCGUGAAACCGCGGGCUGCAAUAAAGGCCUUUUUGUUUCUGUC